GCAAAGUGAACAAGACGAAAAAUUUAUUUUUGUCGACAAAUCUUCAGCUUCAGUGUUGAUGCUUGUGUCAAUCAAUCGUGUCGGCUGAGUUCGCUGUUCACAAAUUUCAAAAACUUAAUUCUCUUUGAAGUAUUAUUUUAAAAGGUUCAGUGUUUACUUACAGAUAUGCCGCGAUCAUACUCACGAUCAUCAUCUCGGUCUCGGAAACAUUCUCGUCGACGGUCUCGAUCGAUAUCGCGCGACAGGGAUAAAUACUCUAGUCGCAGCGACUACGAUAGAUACCGGCGAAACGAUGAUAUGCGCUCAUCAACAUCUCGUUCGACAACGUCCGUAACAUCUUCCUCGCGAAGUGGAAGCCAUCACACCAGUCAAAGACACAAUCACCGUGAUCAUCGCCAUCACAAAAAAUCCUCCAGUGGUGGAGACUACCGCCGACGUAGCCGAUCGAAAGAACGGGAACGCCAGCGGAAACGUUCUAGCUCGAGAGAAAAAUAUUCUAAGAAACGAGAUGACUCCAGCAGUUCGUCCAGCAGCAGCAGUAGCAGCAGCGCAAGUAGUUCUGGAAGUUCCAGUUCUUCCAGUAGAUCGAAUUCUUCCACUCCGAAAAAAUCGACGGAACAAGAAAAUCAGAAGGAAUUUGUGUUCAAAUCGAUGGAAGAAAAAUUUGAAACUGUGCCGGACAACAAUGUAGAUGUUUUGGAAAAAUUAAACGCUGAUGAAUUUGUUCCUAAGGCUUUUGUGUCGACGAAAAAAACGACUAUUCAUCAGGCUGGUGGAAACAUUGUUAUCGAUCUGGCUGCACAAACGAUCAAAGUGCCUAAAGCGGAAGAGGAGCAAGCUGAGGAUCCACUGUUUCAUCCCAAUUACUUUGGAAACGACGACGAACGCAUGACCAGAUGGAUUCGGAAAUUACUAUUCAUGAGACAAAAUUCUUGAAUUUGAAUAAACAUGUAAUAAGCUUAUCCUAAA